AUGUGUAUUGACCUUCUCAGUUAUGCAUCAAUGAAGAGAGUGAAAACACACCGAGUGUUAGCAACCUUUAACCGACGAAGAUUUCAGAGGUCAAUGGGCUGGUUCAAGGGGAAUAUGAUAUCAGAUGAGCUUGAGACUGAGGCUGAGAAAACAGAGAAUUUAGAGCUGGAGACACCAGAAUUUGUGAAAGCAGCUUGUCCUGUCACGUUACAUAACGACCUCUCCCGCUUCCCCAGUGCAGGUGUUGCUCCACACUACUUGGUUGAUGUGUCCAUAGUUGUUUUAUUGCUGGUAAGAGAAUUCGAAGAUAUGAUAUCAGACGAGUUCGAGUCUGAGGCCGAAGAGACGGAGGAUUUAAAGCUAGAGACACCAGAAUUCGAAGAGGAUACGAUACCAGGGGAGUUAGAAUCUGAGGCCGAGGAGACAGAGAAUUCUGAAUUGGAGACACUAGAAUUCGAGGAGGAUAUGAUACCAGAGGAGUUAGAGUCUGAGACCGAGGACUCGGGGGAUUUAGAGCUAAAAACACCAGAAUUUGAAGAAGAUACGAUACCAGAGGAGUUAGAGUUUGAGACCGAUGAGAUGGAAGAUUUAGAACUGGAGACACCAGAAUUAGAAGAGGACAUAGAGCCUGAGACCGAGGAGAUGGAAAAUUUAGAGUUGGAGACACCAGAAUUGGAAGAGGACUUAGAGUUUGAAACCGAGGAGACGGAGAAUUUAGAGCUGGAGACACCAGAAUUCGAGGAGGAUACGACAUCAGAAGAGUUUGAAUCUGAGGCUGACGAGAAAAAAAACUUAGAACUGGAGACGCCAGAAUUCGAGGAGGAUAUGAUACCAGAGGAGUUAGAGCCUGAGACCGAAGACUCGGAGGAUGUAGAACUGGAGACAGCAGGAAAACCCUACAACACCGUCAAUGAAGUAUUCAAUAACAUGAACAUCUGUUGCAACAAGUGUAAAUAUGUGAAGAUUUCAUCAGAAUUAGAAGAGGACAUAGAGCCUGAGACCGAGGAGAUGGAAAAUUUAGAGUUGGAGACACCAGAAUUGGAAGAGGACUUAGAGUUUGAGACCGAGGAGACGGAGAAUUUAGAGCCAGAAAUACCAGAAUUCGAAGAAGGUACGAUACCAGAGGAUUUAGAGACUGAGAUCGUGGAGACGGAGGAUUUAGAACUGGAGACGCCAGAAUUCGAGGAGGAAACAGAGAAUUUGGAGGCCGAGGAAGAAACGGAGAAUUUAGAGGCCGAGGAAUCGGAGAAUUUAGAGGCCGAGGAGUCACAGAAUUUGGAGCCGGAGACACCAGAAUUCGAGGAGGAUACGACAUCAGAAGAGUUUGAAUCUGAGGCUGACGAGAAAAAAAACUUAGAACUGGAGACGCCAGAAUUCGAGGAGGAUAUGAUACCAGAGGAGUUAGAGCCUGAGACCGAAGACUCGGAGGAUGUAGAACUGGAGACAGCAGAAUUCGAGGAGAAUACAAUGCCCGAAGAGUUAGAGUCUGUAGUCGAAGAGAAGGAGAAUCUAGAACUAGAGACACCAGAAUUCGAGGAGAAUUCGACACCAGAGGAAUUAGACUCUGGAGGUGAAGAGACGGAGAAUUUAGAACCAGAGACACCAGAAUUCGAGGAGACUACAUCAGCAGAAGAGUUAGAGUCUGUAGUCGAAGAGACGGAGAAUCUAGAACUAGAGACACCAGAAUUCGAAGAGAAUACGGUACAAGAAGAGUUGGAAUCAGAGGCCGAAGAGACGGAGAAGGUAGAGCUGGAGACUCCAGAAUUCGAGGAGACUACAUCAGCAGAAGAGUUAGAGUCUGUAGUUGAAGAGACGGAGAAUCUAGAACUAGAGACAACAGAAUUCGAGGAGAAUACGGUACAAGAAGAGUUGGAAUCAGAGGCCGAAGAGACGGAGAAUGCAGAGCUGGAGACUCCAGAAUUCGAGGAGACUACAUCAGCAGAAGAGUUAGAGUCUGUAGUCGAAGAGACGGAGAAUCUAGAACUAGAGACACCAGAUGCGUUGUAUGAUUGUGUAUGGGUUACAAUUCGAGGAGAAUACGGUACGGUACAAGAAGAGUUGGAAUCAGAGGCCGAAGAGACGGAGAAUGCAGAGCUGGAGACUCCAGAAUUCGAGGAGACUACAUCAGCAGAAGAGUUAGAGUCUGUAGUCGAAGAGACGGAGAAUCUAGAACUAGAGACACCAGAAUUCGAGGAGAAUACGGUACAAGAAGAGUUGGAAUCAGAGGCCGAAGAGACGGAGAAUGCAGAGCUGGAGACUCCAGAAUUCGAGGAGACUACAUCAGCAGAAGAGUUAGAGUCUGUAGUCGAAGAGACGGAGAAUCUAGAACUAGAGACACCAGAAUUCGAGGAGAAUACGGUACAAGAAGUGUUGGAAUCAGAGGCCGAAGAGACGGAGAAUGCAGAGCUGGAGACUCCAGAAUUCGAGGAGACUACAUCAGCAGAAGAGUUAGAGUCUGUAGUCGAAGAGACGGAGAAUCUAGAACUAGAGACACCAGAAUUCGAGGAGAAUACGGUACAAGAAGAGUUGGAAUCAGAGGCCGAAAAGACGGAGAAUGUAGAGCUGGAGACUCCAGGUGAUGGCUUCCCAGAUGGCAAAUGCGUGUUCUAUGCACCCAGAGAUUCCGAGGAUUCCUGCUUUUUGGAUUGCUUCAUUAACGUACCCGUUAUGCUGUACGAAUCUUAUGAUUCGUCUAGCAAUAAUUCCAAACAUGAUUUUCCCUGCCCUCUGAAGCAAGCUUUUGGAGAUCGAGGUGUAGAACUCUACGAUAUCGAAUUGUAUAAAUUUGCAUUCGGGUUUAUCUUCUAUUUUCUUAAACCAUUCAAUAGUUGCGCUACUGCAUAUUCAUUGGAAUUGGAAGAGGACUUAGAGCCUGAGACCGAAGAAACGGAAGAUUUAAAGCUGGAGACACCAGAAUUCGAGGAGGAUACGAUAACAGAGGAGUCAGAGCCUGAGACCGAGGAGACGGAGAAUUUAGACCUGGAGACACCAGAAUUUGAAGAAGAUACGAUACCAGAGGAGUUAGAGUUUGAGACCGAUGAGAUGGAAGAUUUAGAACUGGAGACACCAGAAUUCGAAGAAAAUAUGAUACGAGAAGAGGUAGAGUCUGAGGCCGAAGAGACAGAGAAUCUAGAAAUGGGGACACCAGAAUUCGCAGAGAAUACGAUGCCAGAGGAGUUAGAGUCUGAAGCCGAGGAGACGAAGAAUUUAGAGCUGGAAACCCCAGGUAUGAAUUAUGCACCAUUCGAAGACUAUACAAAACCAGAAGAGUUAGAGUCUGAGGCCGAAGUGACGGAAAAUUUAGAAAUGGAGACACGGGAAUUUGAAGAGAAUGCGAUACCAGAAGAGUUAGAGUCCGAGGCUGAGGAGGCAGAGGAUUUAGAGCUGGAGACACUAGAAUCUAAGGGGUACACCAUACCAGGAGUGUUGGAGUCUGAGGCUGACAAGACGGAUGGUUUUGAAGUGGACCCAGGAUUGUUGGAGAAUAUGGCACCAGAUGGGGUAGAAACAACUGGGCUGCAAGUGGAGUAUUUAGUAAAGGGUCCAUUACUCACGAAUACGAUGUCAAAGGAGUUAGAGUCCCAGGCUGAGGAUACAGAUAACUAUAAGACGGGAAUACCAGAGUUAGCCAAUAUCGAAGGGAAUAUGGCGACUGUUCUCUAUUGUCGGUGUGAAAUGAAAAAGAACCAGGGAUUAGGUUCGGAGUUAUGCCCCUUCGUUGGGUACUCUGUGAAGCCGGAUAGAGAGGCAUCAGAUAUCAAAGUAGUUGUUCAGAAAUAUUCCGAGUUUUUCUGGUUUACGAAUCACAUUUACACGGAAUAUAAAUUUAUGAUACCAAUGCCACAUGGAGAGGAGCUUGAGGCUGUCAUGCAAAAUUUAGAAACAGAGACACUAGAGGAGCUGCCAUCAGAGGCCGAGCUGGAGCAGACAUCGGAAAUAGAAAUGCCAAUAUUUGAGAGGACUGGACCACGAAAUUCCGAGUCGGCUAAUACAAACGACCCUCGAAGAGAAGUUGAGCUAAAUGCAGAAUGCCUGCCCGAUAGUACGUCGAUGGAACAAAGGAUGGAAAUGGAAAAAUCAAAAAAUGAGCAGAUGAUAAAAGAAAAUAAUGCAUUUCGUGAAUCAAGGUUCACUCAAAAACAAGAAUUAGACAUUCCGGGUAAUAAUUUCCAAACUUUAUGUCUCCAACAUCCAUAA